GCUAGACACUGACCUUGAAGGUGACUUUCAAACCUGCAAUCACCAUCGAUGGAUUCGGCUUCCUUAGAGUAUCCAUACCCAUCAGAGGUUAAUGUGGGAGACUUGGUCAGCAUCAAGCUCUCCCAAACUAACUACGUUUCGUGGAAAUCAAGGAUGUUUAGACUCAUUGAGUCUCAUGGUUUGGAUGGUUUCAUCAAUGGCAAAAUAACACCACCUCCACAGAGGAUUACAAUCGCUGAUGAUAGUUCUGACAAUGGCACGAAGGAGGUAAAGAAUCCGGAUUACGAGGACUGGCAAAGAUCUGACGGGCUGUUAAAAAGAUGGAUCCUAGCGAUGGUCAGUGAAGUUAUCUAUAUGUUGAUCCUGAGGUUCGAAACUGCCAAAGACUUGUGGACAGCACUAGAAGAAAUGUUUGAAAUCGGAGCAGGGAAAGAUCUAAGCCCAUACCUGCCUCUGCACAAAGCUGCAAUCAAUGGUGACUGGAAGACAGCUGAAUCUUAUUUUCAACGAGCGCCCGAUCCUGAUGCAAUUAAGGCAACUAUCACCGGAGCUUCAGAAACGGCACUGGCAGUGGCAGUUAGAUCACCAACGAGAAACCAUUUUGUAAAGAAACUGGUGGAUAAGAUGUCAGAAAAUGAUUUUGCGAUGGUUAACGACUAUGGCUCAACAGCCCUUCAUAUAGCAGCAUCGUCUGGCAACACUGAGGCGGCCAAGUUGCUAGUGGAAAAGAACACCUACCUACUUUAUCUGCAGAACAAAUAUAAGAACCUACCUCUCCAUGUAGCUGCUGCUAGAGGCAAAAGAGAUAUGGUUGUUUACUUAAUGAAAGUUACCAGAGAAGACGAUGAUGCCAAGCCAUUUGAAGGGGAAUCAGGUGUUAGACUGGUCCAAAAACUGAUAGAUGGUGGACUUUACGACAUAGCCCUCAAUUUGGUAAAGCGGCACAGUAAGUUGGCAUUUGGGAAUCCUUCUCCUUUGGAAGCAAUUGCACAGAAGCAAUCUGCAUUUCGAAGUGGAGCACGAUUAAAUUACUGGCAAUGCUUGCUCUACUGGGGUAAGUCUUCUCAAUCUUUUUCCUCUUCUCUUUGUUUAAUUUAA